AUGGCGAGAACUGGCAGCUCCGGCUGCUACAUGAACACUAUCCGAUACCAGGCCAUCACACUCCCAGAAACCGAACCGCGAACUCCGUAUGCAGUUUACAUCAUCAACAAGGAGACGAUCUAUUGCGUCAACGGCAAUGAAGACUCGCCGCCUGCAAAGGUUCUCGGUAAAGCUGGGAACUGGCCUGGGUUCGGGGCCAUUGUGGAAUCAGCUCAAUCUCUCUACGUGGCAGAACAAGCACUUUUCAAGGUCUCUACCUGGGAUGGGAGUUACAAGCGCUUGGGCUCAGGAACGUGGGAAGAGUCCACGUCAAUGGCUUGGUUUGGCGAUCUCUACAUCAUCCAACGAGGCUCGUUGUAUAGUGCCGAUCAAACCACGGGACAAUAUAAGCUGUUAGGAAGACCAGAUGAUUGGCAAGGCCACACUUCAAUGGCUGCUGUCAUGCUAGACCGCGACGGCGUGAGCUCCCGGCGCCUCUUUGUCAUCCAGAGUGAGAAACUUUGGGAAGUGGCACGCGAUGGCACUUACAAGCGGGUUGGGAUGGCGAAUUGGUAUACUCCGGCGUACAUUUCCGCCAUAGGCGAGGCGCUGUACGCGAUCGAGAACUCUCGGUUCCAGUAUAUCGAUGGAAAUACUGGUCAGUAUACUGUCAUCGGCGAAGCGGUCUACUCGCAAACGACUGCUUUUGCUGGUGCGGACGGGCAAGCAUUUGCCAUUGAUGCUGGAAGACUUUUGCGUAUCAACAUCUAUGAUGGCUCCCACGUAAAGCUGAGUGAUGGCUGGGAUGGACCGAGUGUUAUGACGGUUGUCAGGAAUGCCAAAUGCAGAUCAGAGUGA